UUCAGAAGGGAAGUUAUCUGUGUUAUCUGUCUCAAGGGGAAGCAGAAGGUCUCACCUUUGGGCAGGGGGAGAGGAGAAAGAGAUAGAGGUGGUUCUUUUCUGAUGGGUAAUUACAGGUUUAGGUUAUCGGAUAUGAUGCCAAAUGCCUGGUUUUACAAGCUCAAAGACAUGAGCAGAGCCAGAAACCAUAAUACCGCUCAGUCCAUCAAGAAAAAGCUACCCUCAUCAGCUGCUACAUCACAGAAAACCAACCUCUCUCAGCCAAGAUACUCCUACUACUACAACGAAGAGCCCAUCAGAGCUGAUAUGCUCUAUGGUUCACCUGUCAACCCGAAAGCCUCAGACACUCAUUUUCCUGAUCCACCAAGAAAAUCAUCCAAGAGAAGACCCAAGAGGAAAACCAUUUAUAAGCCCUCUCCUACACUAGUCUCCUCUGUUUCAGCUGGUUAUGGCUGUCCUGCUGCAUUUGAAUCUGUCUGGACUGAGCAUGAUCCAACUGAGUCUGAGGACUGCUUUGUCUCAGCUAUUGAGCCAGGCCACAAUGUAUCUUUGCUGCCAGAAGUUGGGCCAAAUACCGAUGUUGCGUCUGACUCAUUCAAUGGACUAGCCCCCUUGUCGACCUCUUGCAGCUGUAGAGUCUGUUCUUCAACUACGGAUAUUUUCAUUGAUGUGAGUAAGAAAUCCUUUUCUAGUAAAGUUGAGAAGCUAGACGAGUUUGACACAGUUUCAGAGCUAGAGCUUCCUCAAGUAUCAACCAAGCCAGCAAGAUUCAGAGAGACAACUGUGGAAGCUGCCAGGCACAGAAGAAGUUCGUCUAAAUUGGAGGAGAUCAAAGCUCAGAGAUCUCUUUCUAUCAAAAUUGUCAAGGAGGGCAGCAAACAGACUCAAAAAGAGCCCAAGGCCAAUCCUCUUGUCCGAAAGCCUACUGCAAAUGCAGCAGGAGUUAAGCUCAGAACCAAUUCUCCAAGACUUGCAAGCAGGAAGAUACAGGCCUAUGCCAGAAAGAGUGUUUAUUCUAGAACAAGCUCAAAGCCCCAGAGUAGGAGCCUUUCAGAAAGCUGUGCAGUAGUGAAGGCCUCAUUUGACCCAGAAAGAGACUUCAGGGAUUCAAUGUUAGAAAUGAUCGUGGAGAACAACAUCCGGGCAUCCAAGGAUUUGGAAGAGCUUCUUGCAUGCUACCUUUCUUUGAAUUCUGACGAGUACCAUGAUCUCAUUGUCAAGGCUUUUGAGCAAAUCUGGUUCGAUACAAGUGAUCUUCGCAUGUAAGAUGCUUACGUUUUGGAUUCCUAUAGUCCUAUCAGUGUCAGCUACUUAAAAAAAAACAGUUGUUUUAACCUCAAAAGAGUUUCUGGGUUUCUAAGAUGGAACAUGUAAAGAUUAGCAGGAUUCUCAAUCUGACAAUCCAAAAUUGUAAUA